AUGUAUACAAAGAUUCAUUGCUAUGGCAUUACUCUUUCCGAGUCAGCCUAUGAACUUUUUAACCCCCUCCCCUUGUUUAUUCAUUCUUUAUUUUGUGGUAACUUACAGGUUGUUAAUUGGAUAUUGGGACCAGGUGAGAAACUACUGGCAUCUCGAACUGAUAUCGGGGAUUCUUUUGAAUCAGCUCAAGAAUUGUGGAAGAGACAUGAAGAAAUGGAGAUUAAAUGCACUGACACCUAUGGACAAUAUGCAGAAUUACGUCAUCAAGGGGAAGAACUCAUCAAUGAAGAGACGAUUGUGUCGAGUGAUAUACGGGCUGAAAGAGACUACAUGGAUACAAUAUCACGUAGUUUUGCUGCGAGACUAGAGCGUCGGAGGAUAUUAUUGAUUACAUCAGUUCGUUUCCACAGGUUUGCUGAAGAGUUUGCCCAUCAGCUGGAUGCUCUACUAGAACUAGUUGUGUCUGAUAUCUCAGCAGAAACAGUGGAAGAAGCGGAGGCCGCCAUUAAACAACUUAAUGAAAUGUGUCAAGCCAUUGAUCACGCAGCGCAACAGACGUUAAAUGAUGGUCAGAGUUUAUUGGACGAAAUGUCGCGACCAAUCAAAAAUGCGUUUGGUAAAGACAUUACGCCAGAUUAUGACGGCCAUAUUAAAAGAAUCAAUCAGAAACUAGAAGAUUUACAGGAAAGAAAGAUGAGAUGUGAUGAACUAGCAGAUGUCAGAAAACUAAAAUUACAGCAGAUUCUACAGUUGAGAACUUGUGAACGAGAUGCUGAUAAGGCCAUUGAUUGGAUAGAAGAAUUGUGUACUGUCAUGGUAACGGAACAUAAUGAUUUGGGUAAAAAUCAACCAGAGUCAGAAUCUCUUCAAGAUCAACACAGAAAGUUCGAAUCUACUGCAGCUGGAACAUAUGAAUAUGGUAAACAGUUGUUACAAGGGGCGUUAGUUUUACGUCGUUCAUUACGAUACGAGUUGGAACCUAAUAAUGAGAGAGUCUACAGACUGGAAGAGGCGUGGAAGAAAUUUACACAAGGAACAAGUGAAAGAACCAACAGACUGACUGUAGCUUCUAUGUUUAUGACAGCUUCUGAUAAGGUAAGGAUUAAGAGGAUUUCUUGCUGUCUAGUAUAUCAGUGGAUCAGAGCAGGAAUAACAUAA